UUUAUUCGGCAGUUUGGAAAGAAGGAGAAAGAAUUGGGAUGAUGAAAACAAACAACAUAAACGAAGCCAACCAAUUCCAGUUGCUUUUAAAACGCCACAUAAAGAUGGAUUUGAGACAACAAUGAAUAUAUUAACGUGCUAUCGUAAAUAUAUGAGUGAUAAUAAAGCAUUUUAUUAG